GUGACUUUAAGGGAACCAAAAAUCAAAAUUUUGAAAAAGAACAGCAGGCUACACACUGAACACCAUUUGAAUUGUUGAAAUAUUGGGCUUACUUUCUCAAUACUGGAUUGUCGAGGAGAAGCCGGAAGCCCCCCACCCAAGUCUGAGCACGCAGAGCCGAGUCACCUCAGAGACCUGAUCAGCGCUGAAGUAUGUCUGGGGACUCGACUGUCGAGAGUUUUCCGUCACCAGAUGUGACACCACCUCCGUAUGAAGCCCCACCAUUGCCGCCGCCUACGUACACAGAAGCAGUAGAGCCCGUCCCUGUGGCCGAGGGUGAGAGCGAUGGAUUCUGCGUGGAUCCGCCUCCAGGAGAAGACCAGUGUCUCCCCGACGACAAACCCAAUGCUUCAGAAGCACCGCUGGCGGAGACGCCAUCCGCGUUCGACGACAAGACAGUGAGACGGGCGUUCAUCAGAAAGGUCUUCAGCAUCCUGACGCUGCAGCUGCUCUUCACCUUCAGCAUGGUGUGUCUGUUCACCUACUCCACCGUCGUCAAGAAGGCGAUCCAGUCCAGCAUCUGGAUCUACCUCAGCUCCUUCUUUGUCUUCGCCUUUGUUGCCAUCUCCCUCUCCUGCUGCAAGUCGCUGAGUCGGCGACACCCGUGGAACAUCCUGGGCCUGGCUGUGGUCACAGUGAGUCUGUCCUUCAUGGUGGGAACCGUCGCCUCCUACCACGACACGCUCGCCGUCGUGAUCACCAUGGCAGUGACUCUGGCCAUCUCCCUGGCCAUCAUCAUUUUCUCAGUGCAGACCCGCUUCGACUUGAGCUGCUGCUACGGUCUGGGGCUGAUUCUGCUGGUGGAUCUCUUCAUGUUCGGAGUCUUCUCCUCCUUCUACUACGACCACAUGGCCGACAUCGCCUACGGCUGUCUGGGCGCGCUUCUCUACGCGAUGUUCCUGGCCGGCGACUGCGCCGUGAUAAUGACGGGCGACAUGGAUCCCGAGGAUUACAUCUCUGCCGCGCUCAAGAUUUACUUGGACAUCGUCCUCAUCUUCCUCUUCCUUUUGGGAAGGAGGUGAAACUGUGACGGACGCUUGAACCACGUGAGCACUGCUGGAGACAUUAGCUUGUCUGUGAUCAUCUGUGAAACUUGUUGCUUGUUUCGUGAGUCACUGCGGUACAGACUCUUUUGUGACAAACAAACAAUUGUCUGUCUUAUUUUGGCACAAGAAUAAAUAAAAAUGU